CUCUCUCUCUCAUAAUUAAAAAAAGCUUCAUACCGAUCUAUCUCAAAUCACCAAAAGCGUCUUUCAAGAUUUACAAUUAGGGUUUUCAAAAAUGCUACUGAGAAGCUCAUCAACCCCCUCUCUCACUUCAUGGUUCCAACAACAAAACCCCAAACCAUUACCAUCAUCACAACCAGAUUUCAUCCACAGAAACCUAAAAUCACCAACACUCUCAUUACAUUCACCUAAAAAGAUCACAAGAACCUCAUCAGAGGGUGAUGAUCUGGUCACUCUUUCACGUUCAUCACGCAGGAAUUCACUGAACAAUGCAACCUGUUUCAUUUCAUCUGUUUCUGUUGACGAGUGUAUUGAAUCGAAUGAGAUUGAAAGCUGUGAUAUGAUGUUUUCGAGUUCUGGUUUGGAUGUUGAUGAAGUAAUGGUUAUGGUGGAUGUUGCCGGAGGUGGAGGUGGUGGCGGGAGGAUUUGUGGUGGUGGUGGUGGCAAUGAGGGUUGUGAUAAUGGUGGUAUGGAUGGGUAUUAUAGGAGUAUGGUUGAAGCGAACCCGAGUAGUUCGUUGGUUCUGGGCAAUUAUGCUAAGUAUUUGAAAGAGGUUAAAGGUGAUGUUAUGAAAGCUGAAGAGUACUGCAGUAGAGCAAUACUGGCUAACCCUAGUGACGCAACUGCUUUGUCGAUGUAUGCUGAUUUGAUAUGGGAGACGCAAAAGGAUGCAUCGCGUGCGCAGAGUUACUUCGAUCAAGCGGUUAAAGCUUCUCCAGAUGACAGUUAUGUUAUGGCUGCUUAUGCGCGGUUUCUUUGGGACGCUGAUGAAGAAGUUUCUGAUACGAAUCUAGCAGCACCAAGUUUUGUCCAUGAAGCUUCACAACAGGUUCCGAUUGCUGCAGUGUCAUAGGGAUGUGAAUUUUGCUCAUAAUAACAGAGAUAUGGUGUAGAAAGUGUCUGACCCGUCUUCGUUUCGUUGUUUCUUGUAAUUAGUGUCUGACCCGUCUUCGUUUCGUUGUUUCUUGUAUGACCAAAUUUUGUCAACUUGUAAUUAGUAUGUGAUAAAUGUAAUAAUAUGAUUCUAUGAUUUGUUAUCACUUUGGUACA